AUGUCAGGGUGGGACGAGGGGCAGGUGUUCUACAGCAACCAGUCGUUCCCCGAGUCGGAAGGGCCGGCCGGCGACGACGCGCUGGGCGACGCGGGAAUCACGCGAUAUGCCGCGCAGAAGAAGCUUCGCGAGUUCGUGCGAAACUUCCACGAUCCGCAGUACCAUGACCGCUUCAUCUACAGGUGCGUCGUUCGUGCGGUAACCCGCUGCCCGCGUUUCCGCAUCUUCCGCUGCCGCGGCCACCUCAUUCCGCACCGUGCGCAAUCUCCCUCCCCCAAUCCCGCGUGUUCCUGCUUCACAUGGCUGGGGCUGCACAUGGCUGGGGCUUCACAUGGCUGGGGCUGCACAUGGCUGGUGCUUCACAUGGCUGGGGCUUCACAUGUCUGGGGCUUCACAUGGCUGGGGCUUCACAUGGCUGGGGCUUCACAUGGCUGGGGCUUCACAUGGCUGGGGCUUCACAUGGCUGGGGCUGCACAUGGCUGGGGCUGCACAUGGCUGGGGCUGCACAUGGCUGGGGCUUCACAUGGCUGGGGCUUCACAUGGCUGGGGCUUCACAUGGCUGGGGCUUCACAUGGCUGGGGCUUCACAUGGCUGGGGCUUCACAUGGCUGGGGCUUCACAUGGCUGGGGCUGCACAUGGCUGGGGCUUCACAUGGCUGGGGCUUCACAUGGCUGGGGCUUCACAUGGCUGGGGCUUCACAUGGCUGGGGCUUCACAUGGCUGGGGCUUCACAUGGCUGGGGCUUCACAUGGCUGGGGCUGCACAUGGCUGGGGCUGCACAUGGCUGGGGCUGCACAUGGCUGGGGCUGCACAUGGCUGGGGCUUCACAUGGCUGGGGCUGCACAUGGCUGGGGCUGCACAUGGCUGGGGCUGCACAUGGCUGGGGCUUCACAUGGCUGGGGCUUCACAUGGCUGGGGCUUCACAUGGCUGGGGCUUCACAUGGCUGGGGCUUCACAUGGCUGGGGCUGCACAUGGCUGGGGCUGCACAUGGCUGGGGCUGCACAUGGCUGGGGCUUCACAUGGCUGGGGCUUCACAUGGCUGGGGCUUCACAUGGCUGGGGCUUCACAUGGCUGGGGCUUCACAUGGCUGGGGCUUCACAUGGUUGGGGCUUCACAUGGCUGGGGCUGCACAUGGCUGGGGCUGCACAUGGCUGGGGCUGCACAUGGCUGGGGCUGCACAUGGCUGGGGCUUCACAUGGCUGGGGCUUCACAUGGCUGGGGCUUCACAUGGCUGGGGCUGCACAUGGCUGGGGCUUCACAUGGCUGGGGCUUCACAUGGCUGGGGCUUCACAUGGCUGGGGCUUCACAUGGCUGGGGCUUCACAUGGCUGGGGCUGCACAUGGCUGGGGCUGCACAUGGCUGGGGCUGCACAUGGCUGGGGCUGCACAUGGCUGGGGCUUCACAUGGCUGGGGCUUCACAUGGCUGGGGCUUCACAUGGCUGGGGCUUCACAUGGCUGGGGCUUCACAUGGCUGGGGCUUCACAUGGCUGGGGCUUCACAUGGCUGGGGCUUCACAUGGCUGGGGCUGCACAUGGCUGGGGCUGCACAUGGCUGGGGCUUCACAUGGCUGGGGCGUCACAUGGCUGGGGCUUCACAUGGCUGGGGCUUCACAUGGCUGGGGCUUCACAUGGCUGGGGCUGCACAUGGCUGGGGCUGCACAUGGCUGGGGCUUCACAUGGCUGGGGCUUCACAUGGCUGGGGCUUCACAUGGCUGGGGCUUCACAUUGCUGGGGCUUCACAUGGCUGGGGCUUCACAUGGCUGGGGCUGCACAUGGCUGGGGCUGCACAUGGCUGGGGCUGCACAUGGCUGGGGCUGCACAUGGCUGGGGCUUCACAUGGCUGGGGCUUCACAUGGCUGGGGCUUCACAUGGCUGGGGCUGCACAUGGCUGGGGCUUCACAUGGCUGGGGCUUCACAUGGCUGGGGCUUCACAUGGCUGGGGCUUCACAUGGCUGGGGCUGCACAUGGCUGGGGCUGCACAUGGCUGGGGCUGCACAUGGCUGGGGCUGCACAUGGCUGGGGCUGCACAUGGCUGGGGCUUCACAUGGCUGGGGCUUCACAUGGCUGGGGCUUCACAUGGCUGGGGCUUCACAUGGCUGGGGCUUCACAUGGCUGGGGCUUCACAUGGCUGGGGCUUCACAUGGCUGGGGCUUCACAUGGCUGGGGCUUCACAUGGCUGGGGCUGCACAUGGCUGGGGCUUCACAUGGCUGGGGCUUCACAUGGCUGGGGCUUCACAUGGCUGGGGCUUCACAUGGCUGGGGCUUCACAUGGCUGGGGCUUCACAUGGCUGGGGCUUCACAUGGCUGGGGCUUCACAUGGCUGGGGCUUCACAUGGCUGGGGCUUCACAUGGCUGGGGCUGCACAUGGCUGGGGCUUCACAUGGCUGGGGCUUCACAUGGCUGGGGCUUCACAUGGCUGGGGCUUCACAUGGCUGGGGCUUCACAUGGCUGGGGCUGCACAUGGCUGGGGCUUCACAUGGCUGGGGCUGCACAUGGCUGGGGCUGCACAUGGCUGGGGCUGCACAUGGCUGGGGCUGCACAUGGCUGGGGCUUCACAUGGUUGGGGCUGCACAUGACUGGCGCUUCACAUGGCUGGGGCUUCACAUGGCUGGGGCUGCACAUGGCUGGGGCUGCACAUGGCUGGGGCUGCACAUGGCUGGGGCUGCACAUGGCUGGGGCUGCACAUGGCUGGGGCUGCACAUGGCUGGGGCUGCACAUGGCUGGGGCUGCACAUGGCUGGGGCUGCACAUGGCUGGGGCUGCACAUGGCUGGGGCUUCACAUGGCUGGGGCUUCACAUGGCUGGGGCUUCACAUGGCUGGGGCUUCACAUGGCUGGGGCUUCACAUGGCUGGGGCUUCACAUGGCUGGGGCUUCACAUGGCUGGGGCUGCACAUGGCUGGGGCUGCACAUGGCUGGGGCUUCACAUGGCUGGGGCUUCACAUGGCUGGGGCUUCACAUGGCUGGGGCUUCACAUGGCUGGGGCUUCACAUGGCUGGGGCUGCACAUGGCUGGGGCUGCACAUGGCUGGGGCUUCACAUGGCUGGGGCUUCAUAUGGCUGGGGCUUCACAUGGCUGGGGCUUCACAUGGCUGGGGCUUCACAUGGCUGGGGCUUCACAUGGCUGGGGCUGCACAUGGCUGGGGCUGCACAUGGCUGGGGCUGCACAUGGCUGGGGCUGCACAUGGCUGGGGCUUCACAUGGCUGGGGCUUCACAUGGCUGGGGCUUCACAUGGCUGGGGCUGCACAUGGCUGGGGCUGCACAUGGCUGGGGCUUUACAUGGCUGGGGCUUCACAUGGCUGGGGCUUCACAUGGCUGGGGCUUCACAUGGCUGGGGCUUCACAUGGCUGGGGCUUCACAUGGCUGGGGCUUCACAUGGCUGGGGCUUCACAUGGCUGGGGCUUCACAUGGCUGGGGCUGCACAUGGCUGGGGCUUCACAUGGCUGGGGCUUCACAUGGCUGGGGCUUCACAUGGCUGGGGCUUCACAUGGCUGGGGCUGCACAUGGCUGGGGCUGCACAUGGCUGGGGCUUCACAUGGCUGGGGCUUCACAUGGCUGGGGCUUCACAUGGCUGGGGCUUCACAUGGCUGGGGCUUCACAUGGCUGGGGCUUCACAUGGCUGGGGCUUCACAUGGCUGGGGCUUCACAUGGCUGGGGCUUCACAUGGCUGGGGCUGCACAUGGCUGGGGCUGCACAUGGCUGGGGCUGCACAUGGCUGGGGCUGCACAUGGCUGGGGCUGCACAUGGCUGGGGCUUCACAUGGCUGGGGCUUCACAUGGCUGGGGCUUCACAUGGCUGGGGCUUCACAUGGCUGGGGCUUCACAUGGCUGGGGCUUCACAUGGCUGGGGCUUCACAUGGCUGGGGCUUCACAUGGCUGGGGCUUCACAUGGCUGGGGCUGCACAUGGCUGGGGCUUCACAUGGCUGGGGCUUCACAUGGCUGGGGCUUCACAUGGCUGGGGCUUCACAUGGCUGGGGCUUCACAUGGCUGGGGCUGCACAUGGCUGGGGCUGCACAUGGCUGGGGCUGCACAUGGCUGGGGCUGCAUGCACAUGGCUGGGGCUGCACAUGGCUGGGGCUGCACGUGGCUGGGGCUGCACAUGGCUGGGGCUGCACAUGGCUGGGGCUUCACAUGGCUGGGGCUUCACAUGGCUGGGGCUUCACAUGGCUGGGGCUUCACAUGGCUGGGGCUUCACAUGGCUGGGGCUUCACAUGGCUGGGGCUUCACAUGGCUGGGGCUUCACAUGGCUGGGGCUGCACAUGGCUGGGGCUGCACAUGGCUGGGGCUUCACAUGGCUGGGGCUUCACAUGGCUGGGGCUUCACAUGGCUGGGGCUUCACAUGGCUGGGGCUUCACAUGGCUGGGGCUUCACAUGGCUGGGGCUUCACAUGGCUGGGGCUUCACAUGGCUGGGGCUUCACAUGGCUGGGGCUUCACAUGGCUGGGGCUGCACAUGGCUGGGGCUGCACAUGGCUGGGGCUUCACAUGGCUGGGGCUGCACAGCACACGUCGUCUCCCGGAGCGGCUGCAGGAGGGCGGGGGAGUGCUGGAGGACGUGGCGGUUUGGGGGCGGCUAACAGCACACCGUCUCUCCCCCCUCUCGUUCCCCACCCCCCCGUCACCCCUGGCUGUUCCAGGGAGCGGCUGCAGGAGGGUGGGGGAGUGCUGGAGGUGGAUUUGGAGGACCUGGCGAGCAAGGAGGAGGGGCUGUGCCGCCUCAUGCGCACCCGCCCCACUGAUAUGCUGCCGCUGUUGGAGGUGGCAGCAGCUGAGGUGGCAGCGAGAGUGCGGCAGAAGGUGAUGGGGGAGAGUGGGGAGCUGGAGGAUGCGCGAGUGCCGCCCGUGCAGGUGCUGCUCAAGAGCUCUGAAGACGCCAUGCCCAUCAGGGCUUUAACGGCGGCACAGAUCUCGCAUCUGGUGAAGAUCUCUGGCAUCGUGAUUGCAUCCUCGCGCGCCAAGGCCAAGGCGACGUCAGUGGUGCUCAUGUGCCGCUCCUGCAAGAACGUCAAGGCCAUCCCCUGCCGCCCGGGGCUGGGAGGCGCCAUCAUCCCUCGCACCUGCGACCGCACCCCCCAGCCAGGGGAGGAGCCAUGUGGGGUGGACCCAUGGGUGGUGCUGCCGGAUAGAAGCGAGUAUGUGGACCAGCAGACGCUCAAACUGCAGGAGAAUCCCGAGGACGUGCCAACAGGUGAGAUGCCGCGCAGUGUGCUGCUGGCGGUGGAUCGCUCACUGGUGCAGCGCAUCGCCCCCGGCACGCGCAUCACCGUGUUUGGCAUCUUCAGCAUCUUCCAGGCCUCCGAUAAAUCCAAGUCGCGAGGGGCCAUGGCGGUGGCAAUACGGCAGCCAUACCUGCGAGUGGUGGGGGUGGAGAUGCCUGCGGAUGGCGCUGCCAGGUCCGCCGCCUCCUCCUUCACCACUGAUGAGGAGGCGGAGUUCAAGGACUUCAGCCGGCAGGGCGACGUGUACGGCGCCAUAAGCAGCCAGAUUGCGCCGUCCAUCUUCGGGCACGCUGACAUCAAGAAGGCCAUCGCCUGCCUGCUCUUCGGUGGCGCUCGCAAGCUACUGCCAGAUGGCGCAAGGCUGAGAGGUGACAUCAACGUACUGCUGAUUGGUGAUCCAUCCACCGCCAAGUCCCAGUUCCUAAAGUUUGUGGAGAAGACGGCGCCCAUAGCGGUGUACACGUCAGGGAAGGGCUCCUCGGCUGCGGGUCUCACCGCCUCCGUCAUUCGCGAUGCCUCCUCUAGGGAGUUCUACCUGGAGGGGGGCGCCAUGGUGCUGGCAGACGGUGGUGUGGUGUGCAUCGAUGAGUUCGACAAGAUGCGCCCUGAGGACAGGGUGGCGAUACACGAGGCGAUGGAGCAGCAGACAAUAAGCAUCGCCAAGGCGGGCAUCACCACCGUCCUCAACUCGCGCACCUCCGUGCUCGCCGCUGCCAACCCGCCCUCCGGCCGAUAUGAUGACCUCAAGACGGCACAGGAGAACAUUGAUCUGCAGAGCACCAUUCUGUCGCGCUUCGACCUCAUCUUUGUCGUCAAGGACACCCGCGACUUCAACCGCGAUCUGCAAAUAGCGCGGCACGUGGUGAACGUGCAUGCGAAGGCGGAUGCGGUGGUGGGGCAGGCAGACGAUGCCAUGGGGGGGCGCGCAGCUAUGGGGGACGGUCCUGCUGGGGCGGGGGGCGUGGGGCACACGGGGAAGGAUGGGGAGCAGGAGAACUGGCUCAAGAGGUACAUCGAGUUUGCUCGCACACGCUGCUCCCCACGACUGUCGGAGUCGGCAGCAACGCUCCUGCAAAACAACUAUGUGCAGAUCCGACAGAACAUGCGGCGGAGGGCAACGGAGACGGGGGAGGCAUCAGCGCUGCCAAUCACAGUUCGCCAGCUGGAGGCCAUCGUGAGGCUCUCAGAGUCCAUGGCACGCAUGCAGCUCUCCCCAGUGGCCACGGAGGAGCAUGUCACGGAGGCGUUGCGCCUCUUCCAUGUCGCGACGCUGGACGCCGCCCGGUCGGGCGUGGUGGACGGCGCAGUGCUGACGGAGGAGCAGCGGCGCGAGGUGCAGCAGGUGGAGGGCGCGGUGCGGCGCCGCGUGGCCAUUGGGGGCUUCGUGUCCGAGCGGCGCCUGCUGGAUGACAUCACACGGUCGGGCAUCAGCGAGAGUGCUGUACGGCGAGCGCUACUCAUCAUGGUGGCACGCGGAGAGGUGGAGUACCGACGGGAGAGGAGGGUCAUUUUCCGCAAAGUCUGA